AUGGGCUUUUUAAACAUAAGAUCAUUAUCUUCCAAAAAAUUAUUAGUUAAUGAGGUCAUUAGAGACAACAAACUUGACGUCGUUGGUCUCGCCGAGACCUGGCUCAAACCAGACGAUUUUUUUGUGCUAAAUGAGGCAUCUCCUCCUAACUAUACGAAUGCACAUGUUGCCCGUCCUCUUAAAAGGGGAGGGGGUGUCGCACUAAUAUACAAUGAAAACUAUAAUUUUACACCUAACCUAAAUAAUAAAUAUAACUCGUUUGAGGUGCUCACUAUGAGGUUUGUCACACCGCUACCUCUCAACCUGGCUGUUAUCUACCGCCCCCCUGGGCCCUAUUCGGACUUCAUCAGUGAAUUCUCAGAGUUUGUUGCUGAUCUAGUGACGCACGCCAACAAUAUAAUCAUAAUGGGGGACUUUAAUAUCCAUAUGAAUACCCCAUCGGACCCUCCAUGCGUGGCGCUCCAGACUAUAAUUGAUAGCUGUGGUCUUACACAAAUAAUAAAUGAACCCACGCAUCGCAACGGUAAUAUGAUAGAUCUAGUGCUUGUCAGGGGUGUCACCACCUCUAAAGUUACGAUACUCCCGUACACUAAAGUAAUGUCCGAUCAUUACCUUAUAAAAUUCGAAGUUCUGACUCAUUGUCAACAAACUAAUAAUAAUAAUAAUAACUACUAUAGCAGCCGCAACAUUAAUGCUGCCACAACGACGACUCUUACUGACCUACUGCCUUGGGUAAUGGCACCAUUCCCAAAUUAUGUGGGCUCUAUUGAUAACCUCACUAACAACUUUAAUGACGCCCUGCGUGACACCAUUGAUAUUGUAGCACCGCUAAAGCUAAAAAGGGCCCCUAAAAGGCGUACCCCAUGGUUUACAGAAGAAACUAAAGCCCAGAAAUGAUCAUGUAGAAAGCUGUAACGCAAGUGGCGUGCGACUAAACUUGAGGUUUUCCAUCAAGCAUGGAGUGAUAGUUUAAUAACUUAUAAACGCAUGCUUACCUCAGCUAAAGCUAAAUAUUACUCAAAUCUCAUCCACCUCAACAAAAAUGAUCUUACAUUUUUGUUUAGUACAGUAGCAUCGCUAACCCAACAAGGGACUACUCCCAGUAGCUCCACCCACUCAGCAGAUGACUUCAUGAAUUUCUUUAAUAAGAAAAUUGAAGUCAUUAGAAAAGAGAUUAAAGACAACGCAUCUCAGCUACAACUGGGUUCUAUUAACACAGAUACGACUGUAUAUACGACGGACACUGCCCUCCAAAAUAGUUUCUCUCUCUUUGAUGAAAUAACAUUGGAGGAAUUGUUAAAAUGUGUAAAUGGGACAAAACAAAGAACAUGUUUACUUGACCCAAUUCCUGGGAAACUUAUCAAGGAGCUUUUUGUAUUAUUAGGUCCAUCAGUGUUAAAUAUUAUUAACUUAUGACUUUCCUCUGGCACUGUUCCCCUAGCAUUCAAAAAAGCGGUUAUUCAUCCUCUACUCAAAAGACCUAACCUCGAUCCUGACCUCUUGGUAAACUACCGGCCGGUGUCCCAACUUCCGUUUAUCUCGAAAAUCCUCGAAAAAAUUGUCGCACAGCAGCUAAAUGAACACUUAGCGUCUAACAAUCUCUGUGAACCUUUUCAAUCCGGUUUCAGGGCAAAUCACUCUACGGAGACAGCCCUCGCAAAAAUGACUAAUGAUAUAUAGCUAACGAUGGAUUCUGAUGCGUCAUCUAUGUUGCUGCUUCUUGAUCUUAGCUCCGCUUUCGAUACUGUUGAUCAUAAUAAUUUAUUAGAGCGUAUCAAAACGCGUAUUUGGAUGUCAGACUUAGCCUUGUCUUGGUUUAACUCUUAUCUUACUGACAGGAAUGCAGUGACUCUCCCAUUAUAAUGUGACCUCGGACUAUGUUAAGGUAACGUGCGGAGUUCCCCAGGGUUCGGUUCUUGGCCCUGCACUCUUUAGUAUUUACAUGCUGCCGCUAGGUGACAUCAUACGCAAAUACGGUGUUAGCUUUCACUGUUAUGCUGAUGACACUCAACUCUACAUGCCCCUAAAGCUGACCAACACGCCGGAUUGUAGUCAGCUGGAGGCGUGUCUUAACGAAAUGAAACAAUGGAUGUCCGCUAACUUUUUGCAAAAAGAAAACGGAAAUGCUGAUUAUCGGUCCUGCUCAACACCGACAUCUAUUUAAUAAUACCACCUUAACAUUUGACAACCAAACAAUUAAACAAGGCGACUCGGUAAAGAAUCUGGGUAUUAUCUUCGACCCAACUCUCUCAUUUGAGUCACACAUUAAGAGUGUUACUAAAACGGCCUUCUUUCAUCUCCGUAAUAUCGCUAAAAUUCGUUCCAUUUUGUCCACAAGCGAUGCUGAGAUCAUUAUCCAUGCGUUCGUUACAUCUCGUCUCGAUUACUGUAACGUGUUAUUUUCGGGCCUCCCUAUGUCUAGCAUUAAAAGAUUACAGUUGGUACAAAAUGCGGCUGCUAGACUUUUGACAAAAACAAGAAAGUUUGAUCAUAUUACGCCUAUACUGGCUCACCUGCACUGGCUUCCUGUGCACCUAAGAUGCGACUUUAAGGUUUUACUACUUACGUAUAAAAUACUACACGGUCAAGCUCCUGCCUAUCUUGCCGAUUGUAUUGUACCAUAUGUCCAUACCAUCACAGAUGCUGGCUUUUCAACUUUGCGCCUAUAACAAUCCGGAUGGUUCUCUUCCUCUUUGGUCCGGAGGACACGACGUCCACAGUUUCCAAAAACAAUUUCAAAUGUGGACUCGUCAGACCACAGAAGACUUUUCCACUUUGUAUCAGUCCAUCUUAGAUGAGCUCAGCCCCAGCGAAGCCGACGGCGUUUCUGGAUGUUGUUGAUAAACGGUUUUCACCUUGCAUAGGAGAGUUUUAACUUGCACUUACAGAUGUAGCGACCAACUGUAGUUACUGACAGUGGCUUUCUGAAGUGUUCCUGAGCCCAUGUGGUGAUAUCCUUUACACACUGAUGUCGCUUGUUGAUGCAGUACAGCCUGAGGAAUUGAAGGUCACGGGCUUAGCUGCUUACGUGCAGUGAUUUCUCCAGAUUCUCUGAACCCUUUGAUGAUAUUACGGACCGUAGAUGGUGAAAUCCCUAAAUUCCUUGCAAUAACUGGUUGAGAGUGGAUUUUUUCUUAAACAGUUCAACAAUUUGCUCACGCAUUUGUUGACAAAGUGGUGACCCUCGCCCCAUCCUUGUUUGUGAAUGACUGAGCAUUUCAUGGAAUCUACUUUUAUACCCAAUAAUGGCACCCACCUGUUCCCAAUUUGCCUGUUCACCUGUGGGAUGUUCCAAAUAAGUGUUUGAUGAGCAUUCCUCAACUUUAUCAGUAUUUAUUGCCACCUUUCCCAACUUAUUUGUCACAUGUUGCUGGCAUCAAAUUCUAAAGUUAAUGAUUAUUUGCAACAAAAAAAAAUUGUAUUAGUUUGAACAUCAAAUAUGUUGUCUUUGUAGCAUAUUCAACUGAAUAUCGGUUGAAAAUGAUUUGCAAAUCAUUGUAUUCCGUUUAUUUUUACAUCUAACACAAUUUCCCAACUCAUAUGGAAACGGGGUUUGUAUGUGUA